CAAAUCUCUUCCUCUUCUCUCCGUACAAACUUAAACACACAACACAGCCUUGGUAUUUCCAACCCUUGGAUCAUUACGAAAGAAUUUCUAGUUUUCAAGACAUCCUCUUCCUCCUUAACCGCAAAAAUGCCUUUCGCUGCAGGUGACGCCAAGAAGGGUGCCAACCUCUUCAAGACCCGGUGCGCACAGUGCCACACCCUCGAGGCCGGCGGUGGCAACAAGAUCGGCCCCGCGCUCCACGGCCUCUUCGGCCGCAAGACUGGCUCCGUCGACGGCUUCGCCUACACAGACGCAAACAAGCAGAAGGGCAUCGUCUGGGACGAGAACACUCUGUUCGACUACCUCGAGAACCCCAAGAAGUACAUCCCCGGCACCAAGAUGGCGUUCGGCGGUCUCAAGAAGGAUAAGGACAGGAACGAUUUGAUCACUCACCUUAAGGCGGCCACCAAAUAAGCGGGCAUUGUGGUGUAAUAUAUGUGUUUCUUGCAUUAGACGGCCUUGUGGACUGUAUUAUAGACGUAGACGACCCUGUGCGAAUCCCCUUUGGAUCCCCGCACGUACGAAAAUAAGAUAUCCUCUCCUCCA